AUGUUCAUCGUAGGUGUAAAAUCCAUUGGUGACCUGCGAAGAGACGUCACAGAUCUUCUCGAGGAUUACGAUAAAACAAUGGUGCCGUCAAAUAAUUCGGUGCAAGUUAACGUUGAGUUAACUGUUCAGGAUAUCUCCUCAAUAUCAGAAAUUUCCAGCUCUUUCGUUGCAGAUGUAUGGUUCAGUCAAGUUUGGGAGGACCCACGAUUACAGUAU